GCGGGGGCGCGCGUGCGCGGGCCCGGGAGGAGGCUCCCGAACCAGUCGGCCGAGGCGGCGCAGCCAGCUCCCCCGCGCCCUAUGUGAGGGAAUCGGGGAGGCCCGUGGCGCGCCGGGGAGGGCGAGGCAUGUGCACGGGCCGGAGGGUGCUGCGGCCGGCCGAGGAAGAGGAGGACGGCGGCGGCGGCGAGGAGAGCGGGGGGCUCGCGGUGGCGGGCCCGGGCCGAGGGGAUGCAGCGGACUGUGUGUGUCUGGCUGUAGCUGACGGGAGGCGGCGAGGAGGCGCCGGAGAUCCGCGAGAGGGGCGACCAGGAGGCGCGGCGGUGGCGGCCGCGAGGAGUAGCAGCAGGACGGGCGGCGGCGGCGGCGGCGGAGACGGAGACGGAGACGGCAGCCCUGAGAUGCAUUUUCCUCUCCAGCGGCCAUGUUAACCAGGAAACCUUCGGCCGCCGCUCCCGCCGCCUACCCGACCGGCCGAGGAGGGGACAGCGCCGUUCGCCAGCUUCAGGCUUCCCCGGGGCUCGGUGCGGGGGCUCCCCGGAGCGGAGUGGGGACCGGCCCGCCCUCCCCCAUCGCCCUGCCGCCGCUCCGGGCCAGCAACGCUGCCACCGCAGCCCACACGAUUGGCGGCAGUAAGCACACAAUGAAUGACCACCUACACGUUGGCAGCCACAGCCAUGGACAGAUCCAGGUUCAGCAGCUGUUUGAGGAUAACAGUAACAAGCGGACAGUGCUCACAACACAACCAAAUGGGCUUACAACGGUGGGCAAAACGGGGUUGCCGGUGGUGCCGGAGCGGCAGCUGGAGAGCAUCCACAGGCGGCAGGGGAGCUCCACCUCUCUGAAGUCUCUGGAAGGCGUGGGGAAGGUGAAAGCCAUCCCCAUGACACCCGAGCAAGCGAUGAAGCAAUACAUGCAAAAACUAAGCAGCUUCGAACACCAUGAGAUUUUCAACUACCCUGAAAUAUACUUCUUGGGUCCAAAUGCAAAGAAGCGCCAGGGCAUGACAGGCGGGCCAAACAACGGUGGCUACGACGAUGACCAGGGAUCCUACGUGCAGGUGCCUCACGAUCACGUGGCUUACAGGUACGAGGUCCUCAAGGUCAUUGGGAAGGGGAGCUUUGGGCAGGUGGUCAAGGCCUAUGACCACAAAGUCCACCAGCACGUGGCCCUGAAGAUGGUGAGGAACGAGAAGCGUUUCCACCGGCAGGCAGCCGAGGAGAUCCGCAUCCUGGAGCACCUGCGGAAGCAGGACAAGGACAACACCAUGAACGUCAUCCACAUGCUGGAGAACUUCACCUUCCGCAACCACAUCUGCAUGACGUUCGAGCUGCUCAGCAUGAACCUCUACGAGCUCAUCAAGAAGAACAAGUUCCAGGGCUUCAGCCUGCCUUUGGUUCGCAAGUUCGCCCACUCCAUCCUGCAGUGCCUGGAUGCUUUGCACAAAAACAGGAUAAUUCACUGUGACUUGAAGCCCGAGAACAUUUUACUGAAGCAGCAGGGUAGAAGCGGGAUUAAAGUGAUUGAUUUUGGCUCCAGUUGUUACGAGCAUCAGCGGGUCUACACGUACAUCCAGUCCCGUUUUUACCGGGCCCCGGAAGUGAUCCUCGGCGCCAGGUACGGCAUGCCCAUCGACAUGUGGAGCCUGGGCUGCAUCCUAGCGGAGCUCCUGACUGGUUACCCCCUGUUGCCUGGAGAAGAUGAAGGGGACCAGCUGGCCUGUAUGAUUGAACUGUUGGGCAUGCCCUCCCAGAAACUGCUGGAUGCAUCCAAGCGAGCCAAAAAUUUUGUGAGCUCCAAGGGUUAUCCCCGUUACUGCACUGUCACGACUCUCUCAGACGGCUCCGUGGUUCUCAACGGAGGCCGUUCCCGGAGAGGGAAACUGAGGGGCCCACCGGAGAGCAGAGAGUGGGGGAAUGCACUGAAGGGGUGUGACGAUCCCCUUUUCCUUGACUUCUUAAAACAGUGUUUAGAAUGGGAUCCUGCGGUUCGCAUGACCCCUGGCCAGGCUUUGCGGCAUCCCUGGCUGAGGAGGCGGCUGCCAAAGCCUCCAACGGGGGAGAAGACGUCAGUGAAAAGGAUCACCGAGAGCACUGGUGCUAUCACAUCCAUUUCCAAGUUACCUCCACCUUCCAGCUCAGCCUCCAAACUGAGGACUAAUUUGGCACAGAUGACAGAUGCCAAUGGGAAUAUUCAGCAGAGGACAGUGUUGCCAAAACUUGUUAGCUGAGCUCAGUCCCCCCAAUGCUGGUAAUUCUGAAAGAUACGACAUUGCUGAGCCUUACUGGGUUGAAAAGGAGUAGCUCAGACCUGUUUUUAUUUGCUCAAUAACUCGACUCAUUUGUAUCUUUUUGGCACUUAUUUUAAUGUAAGAAGGUUGUUUGUUUUGUUUUUAUAAAAUACAUGGGGACAAUGCUUUAAGUUUUUAUACUUUCUGAAACUUUUUGUGUUCUAAAAGUACGAUGAGCCUUACUGCAUUUAGUGUGGCAGAGUAAUAAACAUCAGUGGCAGGCCAUUGAUUACGUCAUGACUGCCGCGCAUCUACA